GACAUCCAACAGAAGAGCUCCAGCAUAAAAUGCUGCCUUUAAAAAGAUAAUCACGUAUUAUUGUGAAUAUGUAGAUAAGUUUCAUGAUGUGGAGGAAGUCAAGCAGCACCUACCGGCACACAAUACUUGAGAGAACUUUGUUGAUGUAAAACCAACAGAGACACGUAGAAGCUUUCCUUGUGGUGACACAAGGAAGUGGACGCCACAUUGACGCCAGCGACAAGUCAGAGAAGACAUAAGAGGCAACAUGCUUCCAAACAGCUGGAAUGAAAUCAUGAUUGUGCUGCUUUAUUUUACAGCAGCAAGAGGCGACCCACAGGUCGUCAUGGUCAAGGAUGGAGACGAUGCGACGUUGCCGUGUGAGCACUUGUUGGACAGCCAGGUGUCUUGUGGACUGACGUGGUUGUUUUCCAACGAUUCAAACACGUAUGAGCUGAUCACCAGUGGACGGAUCGGCUCAGGGUUCACAUCUCGGGCACGCAGGCUGAGUCUGACAGCUAAUUGUUCUCUGGUCAUCAAGGGUGUGGCAGCUCAGGAUGCUGGUCCAUACUUUUGUCGAAUGUACCAAGGAGGAAGAGAAAAAGACAGUGUGAUAUAUCUGUAUGUGGUUACCUUGACGGUGAAGAGCAUCAGUGAGGACGGAAGGAUGGCCAGCUGCAUCGUGCAUUCUCCCGGUCGUUGUCAGCAUCAAGUCAUGUGGCUUUUAGCUGGAACACGAGUGAAUUCACAGCACUCACACGUCAAAACCUCACGUCCUUCCAAAUGCAACACCACUGCUUCUUUUACAUCAUCUUACUCCAUUUACUCCACAAAGGAGUUGCUACAGUGCCAAGUGGAAUAUUCCUCCACCAAGCUGGUGCUUGACCUCCCGUCCACAGGAGACAGGCAGCAGGAGCGUUCCCUUCCGAAAACAGACAACACAAACACGGAAAGCACCGGAGAACCUCCUCAACACAACUCUGACAAAGGCAAGUGGUGGCUGUUUGUGGUGGUCGCCGUGGCUUUGUUGGCACUUUUAGUGUCACUAUUUGUUGUGGCGAUGCUGAUCAGGCGCAGGAGAAACAAAGUGAGCAAGACAGACACCGGCUUGAGGCCUGCGGGGACGUAUCAGAACGGGGCCAACGCUGACGUGUCCUACGCCUCCAUCAGCUACGUCCAGAAGAACCGUACAGCCACAGUUAGCAACACCGAGGGUGAAACUGAGGGUGACGCUGUGACCUACGUCACUGUGAAAACAUCUUUCACCAUGGAUGGACCCUCAGAGGACUCCAGCGUUGUCUACGCUAGUGUUAGUCAGAGUGUUGUCAAUGAGGGCAGAGAUCAGCUGUCCUUCCGUCUUCGAUGUCACGAUCUGCAGUGACACCACUCUGUUGCUGCAGGUGAGCAACUUAUUGGUUUCUGUUUGUUUUGGGUUUGGUUUCUCAUGUUUUUCUCAUUUUAGACCCUGGGCUACCUUUAUGGGUGGAGCUACCGGACGAGCCACAGGUGCUCCUUAUCAGAGCUGCCUCUUUAUGUAUAUUCACACCUGUGGCAGCAGGAAGGCGUCGUUUGAUUGACUUUCAUGGACUCACGCCACAAGCCAUCGUCAUCCUCCCAGAUCCAUUCCUGCUGGCCAGCCUCAUCCUUUAUUUACACGGUAGAUAUGCUGUCUUAAAUUAUUGCCUUCCUGCAAGUUUGAUAGCUUCUCCCAGUUAGCCCUCCCGAUUGGAGUUUUGUAGUCUUUAUUUUCGGUUCGCUUUCAUCGUGGUGCUAUUUUGUUACUGUUUGCCCUGCACCAUAGAUUUUUAUUGUUACCCCUUUUUUUCUUCUUGGCCGCUGUGGUGAACAAAUUAUUAAAGGACUUCUUUUCUGACACCACCCUGCUUGUUUGCCUUUUCGGGUCCAACCAAGUUCACGGCGUGACAUUCGGGAGAACCUCGUCGGGGUCACCACGUUGUCUUCGAUGAUAGAACAGUCUACUUUCUGCUUCAAUCCACUUUUUGGAGACCUCCAGCAGAGAAGGACCGAAAUCAGUCCAGUCUUAGUUCUUAUCCUGUUGGGUUUUGUCAUGUGAUCCUCCAAUGUUUCUGUCAUUCCAGGUUGUUGAAUGAGUUCCUGUUGUCGGUUGAUAUUGGUAUCAGUAAUGAAGUACUGGGCUAUUGAAUGUUGGUAGGAAAGCCAAUAUUGAGCAUCUCUGAUCAAUGUAA